AUUCCAUCCAAGUACACAUCUACUGGCAAAGAACUGUGUGAGCAAUAUAUACUUGGUUUAGUUCAGUUUUGGUAUUUGCAGGAUGGGAGAAACUACAGGCUGCGGGAUGUUUGAUUUCUUGCAGAAGGAUAGUAAACCGCAAGAUGAUGCUGUGAUGACACACACGGAGAAGGUGCAGGAAUCAGAACUUGAGAGGAAAGAAGAGCAGAAGCACGACCUUGCAGAAGAGCUCCACCACACUCGUAAAAACUCCAGCUCUUCUAGUGAUGAGGAAGGAAGAGAAAUAAAAAAGAAGAAGGGUUUGAAAGAGAAGAUCAAGGAUAAACUAGCUGGUGGAAAUGAAGAGGAUUCUGAAGACAAAAAUGAACCUACAUUCGUUGAGGACUGUGAUGAAGGGGGGAAGGCAGAAGCAUUACAGCCUGAAGAGAAAAAGGGAUUUCUUGAGAAGAUCAAAGAUAUACUACCUGGUCAGUACAAGAAUACGGAGGAAGAGACUAUAAAGCCCCAAUCAGACUCUGAGGCAAAUGGGCAUGAUGAAACCGUAGAGAAGAAGGGCUUUAUGGAGAAGAUCAAGGACAAGUUCCCCGGAGUCAACAAAAAUGGCGAGGAAAAGAAAGAGAACUGAAGUAACAUCCGUUGAGGAUAUAUAUCCAUAAAUAUCCCCUUCAUUAUCCUGUUAAGUUGUUUUUACAGACUUCCUUCAGCUCAAGCAAGUGUCUAUGCUGAGUUUGUUCAGAUAAAUAGUGUGUUUUGUUCUAUUGUGUUAGUACUACUAUGUAUUAUUCUCCUUGGUUUGAUUCUUGUUCUGGUGUGUUCAGUUUCUUCGAGCAA